AUGACGCCAUCGGUGCUACGCCCAGCAAGCGCAAGCCUGCGGCACUCCCAGUCGAGGCGGCCCGUCACUCCCGUCAUUGGCAUCCCUUCUCUCAUGUCCACCAUGCCCGGCUCCCCCGGACCGUCGACGGUGUCGGCGCUGGAUGCGAAGACAACGUCGCUCAGGAUUGGGGUGCCGCGCGUGGAGCUGGUGCUGUAUCCGAUGGGCGGCGGGCUCCUCGUGUUCCACAUCGACUGGAUGCCCAACGCCCGCAACAAAAAGCUCUCCGUGAUGUAA